UUCCUCCAUCAGUCACUUCGCUGCUCAAAACCUGACCAUGCAGCCUCAAACUCACAGAGCGACUGAGAUGCUCCCCCAUAUCCUGCUCCUCAUCUCCGUCUCCUUGUCCUCAUGCUGCCGCGUGGCCCCGGUCACCGAAUGUGGCACCCCUCCGUUUGUGCCCGGUCACAACCUGGUGGGUGAGGGCUUCAACAUCGUGAACAUGAAGACCACGGGUGCGUUCGUGGUCAACGUGCAGGACUACAUCACCGGCGGCGAGCACGGAAACUGCACCAUCUGUAAGAACACCCUGCUGAACCGUGAGGAGAAGCUCCCGUCCGCCGUCACUGACUGGCGCAUCAAGGUGGGCUGCAAGCGCAGCAUCAGCUCCCGGGUAUACGAGUCGUCCAGCUCGGUGAUGAAGCAAAGCACCAGCUCAACCAGUGUGGGGUGGAAGGUGGGUCUCGGGGUGCCCCUGGUGGCCGGGGUGGCAGUCGGGGGCACACACUCCAAAUCCUCCACCUUUGCACGCACACGCGCCUCCCAGGACAAGUUCUCCUACACCAACCACCAGGUCUCCUGCCGCUACUACAGUCUCAGAGUAAAGGCCAAUCCUCCUCUGACUAAAGAGUUCCUCCAGUCAGUGAAUUCUCUCCCUGUGCCCUAUAACCCUCAGGCCGAUGCCGCUUACCGUCACUUUAUCUCCGUCUACGGCACUCACUAUCUGCGUCAUGUGAAAUUAGGCGGCCGUGUGCAGACCACCACCGCCGUGCGCACAUGCCAGAUUUCCAUGUCGGGUCUCUCAGUGCAUGACGUCAGUAACUGUCUCUCUGCCGAGGCGUCGGUCGUAAUCGAAGGCAUCGAGGUUAAAGGCAAGGCAGGGUUUUGUAAAAGCAAGCAAAAUAAACUUGAGAACAAAAGCAGCUUCAGCGCCACCUUCAGGGAUCGUGUUACUGAGAUUUGGGGCGGCAAAGGAGCCAAUGCAGAUCUCCUGUUCUCCCCGGGGAAACAGCACGGGUUCACAGAGUGGAUGAAGACGCUGCAAACCGUCCCGGGAGUGGUGUCCUACACCCUGACUGCACUGCACAUGCUUGUGGAGAACAACCCGGCCAGGAAAAAAGCUCUGGGGGAAGCCAUCACCAAGUACAUAAUGAGCAACGCAAUUCCCUUAUCCUGCAACUCCAAUUGUAGAACUGGACAUCGUACUCCUGACUGUGCGUGCAAAUGCGGAGGCCAUCAGAACAUCAACUCAAACUGCUGUCCGAGUCAUCCCGGAGUCGCGACCCUGACCGUCAAGGUGGAGCGCGCUGCCGGACUCUACGGAGAUUACAUCACCAAAACUGACGGCUACGUCAAAGUCUUCUACGAAAAGAAAGGACAAGAAACGCCAGUCAUAUGGAAUAAUGACUUCCCCAACUGGAAUUACGUGGCUCAAUUCGGAACGGUGAACCUGGCAUCGAAACAGCAUGUACGCUUUGAGGUGUGGGAUCGGGAUAACCGCUGGGAUGAUGACCGUCUGGGCACGGCCAGCAUCGUUCCUACACAAGGUGUCAACGUGAGGAAGCAAUUUCCUCUGAAGCACGGCACACUCUUCGUCUCCAUCACAGCCAUAUGCGGUCCGCAUCUUCAGGGGGAAGUGUGCGAGCGCUACGCCCCUUCACCUGAGGCCCCGCCAUUGCUCACCUACUCCCAGCUGCUCCAGAACCAGCGCCACACCUGGGCCGGGGAAAACUACGGCACAGGGCGAAAUGCCACAAUGCUGUAGUAAGGAGAUGGGCUUCACUUAAUCAUCUUCAGUUACAGAGUCCAUCUCAAUGUUUUACAUAAAAUAAAUAAAACUAUCAAUUAUACAUGUAAGAAGAUCACAGUGACGAUUUGUAGAGACAUAACAUAAAGGAACGUUGGAGAGCAUAAAUCUGUAUGAAAUAACCUUUAUAGUUCUUCUUCAUACUCACACGCAUAUACUGAUGAAUCGGCAAUCAAUUACUAAUCAUGUUCACUGCACAUUUAUAUUUAGCCACACCCUCAAAAGUCCAUAACAGGGCAAAGAUGACUUAACGCUGAAGGACUGCGCAGACAAUGCUGCCAUUUUUAUUCAAAUUCAACAGCUAGACUAAUUUGUCUUUAUUUUUGGAUCUGUUUCAGGAUUUUUUUUUUAGGUCAUUAGGAUUGUACAAAACAUUCAGGAAUUUGAUAUUUAACUGAAAUAAGAUAAAAUCGUGACAGUGUUUAAAGUUUACAGGAGCUCGAUCACACAGCAUGAGACAAAUACACAUACGUUUACACAUAAAAUAUUUUUAGUAUACCAAGAUUUUCUUUUAUUAUUAACUGGAUUUUCUGUAUAAAAGUUCCUGUGCUCCUUCUAAAACAUCCUCAUAUAGUUUAUGGCACUCAGAAGGACAGACUAUUUUUUUCCUCUAUGGAAUGAUGUUUACAUCCUGACAGACGUCAAUCAUUCAAAUAAAAACAACUAAUACGCAAAUUAGAUCAUGUGACAUCGCCGCAGCUCAGCGCUAAUGUUAACCAGCUAGUUAGUUAGCUUCCAUAACAAUGAGUAGAUAAACGAAUAUACACAAAUAAUUAAGUUGGCAAAUCAGAUAAACUUCGCCCGCUUCAUCACUUUAUGGUUGUUUCAGUACAGAACAUUAAACAGAAGAGAUGGAAAUACACACACACACACAUACACACACACACACACACACAGAGUCAUUUCAUAGCAGAGAUUUUCAGAAAUUUGCAAAACAGUUGGUAUUUGGUUUAUUUUUGAGUUUUAUGAUCAUAUGCAUUACUUGCAAAUAUAUAUCUUGGUUAUUAUUACGACUGUUUGUUUUUAUUGUUUUAUAACAUAUUAAAUAGGGAUUACAUGUUUAAUAAUAUAUAAUACUCCAGUCAUUGUUGUGAGUUCUUUUUAAUUCAUUUGCAGUCAAAAUAAAUCAUCAGUGCACUACUGAAAUCUCAGAAUGCACUGCUGUCGCCUUUGCUUUUGUAAUUUUACUAGAAUUUGUUUGUCUCUGAUUAAUAAAGCCUAAAUAUUUAUUUUAUUUUCAGUCAUGUUAUUUCACAGGAGCCUCGCACCUUUAGGGUCGAGGGUUUGGGUUUUGAGCGUUUGUGUGAAGUUUGAUGUUUUCUCCAUGCUUGGUGGGUUUCCUCUGGAAAACUUUUUUGUUUUGUCCGAUUCCCUUACACAGUCCAAAGAUAUGCAUUUCCAAAUUGCCCAUCUUGUGUGAUCGUGUGUGUGCUUAUGCGUGUUCCCUGCGAUGGACUGGCAUUCCGUCCCAUGCCCUGAAUAUGCUGCUGAUCCCUGUUCUUAUAAGGAUAAAGUCUCACCAUGAAACAUUGUGAUCACAUGACCCUCAUGGUUAUGCAAUAUAUCUUUUGAGGGUCAGUUUUUUCAUGGAUUUCAAUACCAAUUUAAGGUGCAUACUGCCACCUAGUGUGCCUGAGUACACGUCUUCUAUUGUAAUAUAUAGUACAGUAUAUACAGGAUGCUUUAAACAUUAACAGUGA